AUGCUUACAAUUCAAGUGGUUCAGGGAAUUUACUCCUGUUUUAAUGAUGAUGUUUUGCUUCUCACCAACGACAGAACAAAGCCUUCAAUGUGUUCUUUAAUGAACAUGAAAGAAAAGGCAAUGAAAGUGGACUUCCUGCAAUGGGAAGACGACAGAAAAUCAAUAAACAACUUAAAAGAAGGUCUUCAAAUUGAGGAGGAUGUCCUUGAAUCAUUCUUGAAAAAAUGUGAUAGUUCAUCAUCAUUGAUUCCUGGUCCGACUGGGAAUGUGCAAGCAGCUAUUAUGAAUAGGAUAAGUGAUGAUCCUCGUACAACCCAACAAUUUGCUGAGGAAGUUGCUCAAGCAACCUAUGAAAGAGAUUUCAAUUCCAAUCCAUGGAAAUGGGCUGAGAUGUACAUCAAACACCAUGAUAUUGUGAAAGAUGGUGAUAUUAAUAACGUCACUCAACUACAUACAGCAAAAUCAAUGUCAACCCUUCACCUUGUUGUUUGUAUUGUUAAGGAGUGUCAACCGAAUGGACUGGGUGAUAUGAAACUGACUCUGAAGGACCCUACUGGGACUACGAAGGCGUCCUUACAUAAGAAAGUUCUUAAAGAUCCAAAUUUUGAUCAACAUAUCGGUCUUGGUUGCGUUAUGAUACUUAACAAUGUUCGUGCAUUCAGUGCAUUUCCACCAAACUAUUACGUUAACAUAGUGCUUCGAAAUGUAGUCAAUGUCUUUGCCGCUGACAUAUGUCCUCCCACAAAAGAACUCGUCAUGGAGACACAGAAACCAGUCAUUCGACUCCUUCUACUUGAAGAACCAAAUAUGGCUGAAAUUAUGCGGAAAUUGAGAAAUCCUCAUCAUCAACAACCAUCUACAUCGAAAGUACCAGACAACAACAAUGAAGAGAACUCUAACGCAAUCUAA